CAACAACAACAACAACAACAACAACAACAACAACAACAACAACAACAACAACAACAACAACAACAACAACAACAACAGCUUCAAACUGUCUUUUCUACCAUGUCUGUUUCUUGCUCUCCUGCUUCAAACAACUCAUCUAUUGUCUCUACCCCUUCUUCAUCUUCUUCUACUUGUUCCUAUCCCUAUUACAAUCAAGCACAUCCUAUUCAGCCUCAACAACAAUUUGCUCAAAUACAACCACAUCACCAAGGAGGUUUCCGACCUCUUUUACCAGCUACAACCACUACCACAUCUCCUCCUUCAACUCAAUUUUUGCCUUCUUUACGUAUGAGUGGCUAUGAAAAAAUAUAUGGCAAUGUUUGUCGAUACUAAAAUAUACACACACACACACACAUAUAUAUACAUACACAAACCUUGUAAAUACCACUAUUCCAUAUUUAUAUACAUAUAUGCAUAUUCCAUGAUUCAUAUCAAAUAAAGAG